CCUAGCUUCCUCGCAUGCUGCAGAGUUAGUUGAAGAGGACAUUAACUGCUUCACUUCUCUGACAUGCUUCUCCACAAAACUCAUCAUUUCGUCAAACAAUUUUCCACUUCUAUCAAUUGGAGAAGACAAAUCAAACAAACCCAUUUGGUCCACCAAAUUUCAUCCAUUCUCUUACAAAGAAACAACUGGACUUCUCUUCUGCAGAAUCUCAAUCUCUCCUCCAAACUAACCCCUUCUAUCUUCCUCCAAAUCCUUAAAAGAACUCAAAACAAUCCACAAAUGUCUCUCAAUUUCUUCAAUUGGACCAAAACAAAUUUGCACUUCAAUCCUGACCUCAAAUCCCAAUGCCAUAUCAUCCUACUAGCGGUUGGGUCAGCUCAAUUGCAACUUGUAAAACCCAUCUUGGAUUCUUCAAUCAACUCGCACUCUGCAACAGUGUUUACUCGUUCCAUGAUUGAAGCUUGUAAAGGUAGAGAUUCUCAAUCUGAUGCUUUAAGCUUAGUUCUUGAAUGUUAUUCAAUUAAGGGUUUGUUUAUUGAUGGUUUAGAAGUUUAUCGAAUGAUGAGAGUUUGUGGAUGUGUUCCUUUUAUAAGAGCAUGUAAUAAGUUGCUUGAUGCUAUAUAUAGAGAAAACCAGAUAAGAUUGUGUUGGUGUUUAUAUGGUGCCAUGAUCCGAGAUGGGAUUUUGCCAGAUAAGUUUACUUGGUCAGUAAUUGCUCAAAUUCUCUGGAAAGAUGGGAAAUUUAACAUGAUUUUAAGAUUGUUGGAUUUGGGUAUUUAUAAUUCAUUCAUGUAUAAUCUUGUUAUUGAAUUCUAUAGCAAAAGUGGGGAUUUUACAGCUGCAUUUGAGAGACUAACUGAGAUGUAUGAUAAGAGAAAAAUUCACCCUGGUUUUAGUACUUAUAGUUCAAUACUUGAUGGGGCUUGUAAAUAUGAAAAUAUUGAAGUGGCUGAUAGGAUUAUGGGGAUAAUGGUAGAGAAGACAAUGCUUCCAAAAUGUUUUGUUUCCGGAAAUGAUUCUAUUAUUCAGAAGCUUUGUGAUUUGGGGAAGACAUAUGCAGCUGAGAAAAUUUUCAAGAGAGCUUGUGAUGAGAAGAUCGAUUUACGGGAUGAUACAUAUGGGUGUAUGUUAAGGGCCUCGUCUGAAGAAGGAAGAGUAAAGGAAGCGAUUCACAUUUAUCAAUUAAUUUUGAAAAAGGCUAUAUCUGUGAAAGACAGUAGUUAUCAUGCAUUUGUAAAUGCUCUUUGCCAAGAAGAUCAACCUGGGGGGGUACGAGAAUUGUUAAGGGAUCUCAUAAAAAAAGGAUAUAGUCCUUCUGCGAUGGAAUUGUCUAAAUUUGUAUCAUUACAAUGUUUUGAAGGAAGAUGGGAGGAAGUAGAGGAAUUGUUGAAUGCGAUAUUUGAGAAAAAUGUAUUGCUUGAUUCUUUCUGUUGUUGCUCCUUAAUGGAGCAUUACUGCUCCAGUGGUCUGAUUGAUAAAGCUUUUGCAUUGCAUGCUAAGAUAGAAAAAUUGAAGGGCAGUUUGGAUGUAAAAACAUAUAAUGCACUUCUCGAUGGGCUUUUUAAAUUGAAAAGGAUUGAAGAAGCAGUAAGUGUGUUUGAUUACAUGAACAAACUUAAUCUGGUGAGCAGCUCAAGUUUUGGGAUUAUGAUUAGGGGGCUCUGUGGUGUAAAGCAGCUGAAAAAAGCCAUGAAAAUUCAUGAUGAAAUGUUGAAGAUGGGUCACAAACCCGAUGAAGCAACAUAUAAAGGAUUGAUUUCCGGAUUUAAGUGAUAGAGUAUAAACAACUGAAUGAAAAAGAUAAUCAGGUUGUACCCAAUUUUUGAGAACAUAAAUCUUGUUUAUACUGCAACUUCAGCUAUUUAUUGAGGCCAGUUGAGUUACAGCAACCGUUCUUAUAUCAUUUGGCAAUUUCUUUUCCAUUU